GCCUGCGGUCCAGCCCUCGCGGUGCGCAGGCGCAGGCUCUCUCCUUGUCAGUCGGCGCCGCGUGCAGGCGGGUGGCUGUGUGGCAGCGGCGGCGACUUGUCUCCGGCACCAUGAGCAGCUUCAGCAGCGAGGAGCGCGCCGCGCCCUUCACCCUCGAGUACCGAGUUUUCCUCAAAAAUGAAAAAGGACAAUAUAUAUCUCCAUUUCAUGAUAUUCCAAUUUAUGCAGAUAAGGAUGUCUUCCACAUGGUAGUUGAAGUUCCACGCUGGUCUAAUGCAAAAAUGGAGAUUGCUACAAAGGACCCUUUAAACCCAAUUAAGCAAGAUGUGAAAAAAGGGAAACUCCGUUAUGUUGCGAAUUUGUUCCCCUACAAGGGGUAUAUCUGGAACUACGGUGCCAUCCCUCAGACUUGGGAAGACCCGGGACACAGUGAUAAACAUACUGGCUGUUGUGGUGACAAUGACCCAAUUGAUGUUUGUGAAAUCGGAAGCAAGGUAUGUUCAAGAGGUGAAAUAAUCAGGGUGAAAGUUCUGGGCAUAUUGGCUAUGAUUGAUGAAGGAGAAACCGACUGGAAAGUCAUUGCCAUUAACGUGGAUGAUCCUGAUGCAGCAAAUUAUAAUGAUAUCAAUGAUGUCAAACGGCUGAAACCCGGCUACCUAGAAGCUACUGUGGACUGGUUUAGAAGGUACAAGGUUCCGGAUGGAAAACCAGAAAAUGAAUUUGCUUUCAAUGCUGAAUUUAAAGAUAAGGACUUUGCAAUUGAUAUUAUUAAAAGCACUCAUGACUAUUGGAAAGCACUAGUGACUAAGAAAACGGAUGGAAAAGGAAUCAGUUGCAUGAAUACAACAGUGUCUGAGAGCCCCUUCAAGUGUGAUCCUGAUGCUGCCAAAGCCAUUGUGGAUGCUUUACCACCACCAUGUGAAUCUGCCUGCACAAUACCAACAGAUGUGGAUAAGUGGUUCCAUCACCAGAAAAACUGAUGGGAUUUCUCUGGAAUACAAGCUGAUACUGCUGCAUCCUAUUCAUCUGGAAGUAUUAGAUGCAAAAGUAGUAGCUUUUCAAAGCUUUAAAUUUAUAGAACGCAUCUAACUAAAGCAAAUUCUUCUGUGACCAAUUCAAUAUAUUCAGAAUGUUAUCUGUCCAAAAGCAUUUUUCAUAUUUCAGCUAAGACAACUUUAGUACAUGCUUAAAUGUCAAAGCAGUUGUGGUUUGGAAGUCAUUUGUGAAUAGAUGUGCAAGAUGAACACAUAUUGGAUGUAUAUGUUUACCAUGUUGUUAGGAAAUAAAAUUAUUUUGAUGAAACUUG